AUGAGGAAAGUGAUAGUUGUGGAUGCGACAUGGCUGAAGAACGGAUAUGGUGGUGUUCUAGUGUUCGCGAAAGCUCAAGAUCCUAAUCAACACGAUUAUCCACUUGCCUUUGCAGUGUUAGAUGGAGAGAAUGAUGCUAGCUGGACUUGGUUUUUCGAGAUGCUUAAGAGUGUUAUACCAGACUCUUGUGAACUGGUUUUCAUGAGUGACAUAAAUAGAAUAAUGAUCUCCGCUAUAGUAAACGUGUUUUCUCAGGCUCACCAUGGUCAUUGUUUAUGGCAUUUGAAGGAAAAUGUGAAAUUGCAUGCUUGUGGCGUCAGAAAGGAUAUAGUCGGGCAUAGAUUCAUGGAGUUGGGCAGAUAUUACACGGUGGCUGACUUCAACUCAGCUUACGAUUCGUUUAAGAUAAGCUAUCCUUCAGCCUACAAGUAUGUUGAAGAACAAACUGAAGAGGACAGAUGGGCAAGAGUUUUUUUUCAACGUGAUAGGUACAAUUUGGAUACAAGCAAUAGUGUGGAAUCAAUGAAGAACAUAAAUAAAGAGGCAACGACGUGGGCCUUGAUACCAAUGCUGGAUUGCAUCAUCGGAAAAUUCUCUGAUUGGUUCAAUCAACAUUGGAAGGAUGCUGUUUCUGGAUCAAUUGAUAGCAAACUGGUGCCUCGGGUUAAGAACUGCUUGCACGAGCUAUGGCCUGUUGCACAAAAGCUACACGUGCGGAAGAUUGAUAGUUAUGUGUUUGAGUACGAGAUCACCGACACUGAAGGAAAGAUGUUUUUGGUGAGCUUAGUUGAGAGAAGUUGUACUUGUAAGGUGUGGGAUUAUGAAAAGUUUUCUUGUCUUCACGGACUGGCUGCUUACAUAUCGUUGGCAGCCACAUUCAUAUCCAUGAGCUGUGCUCAGAAUACUACUGGGACGGAACUUGGGCACUUGCAUAUUCUAGGACACUUUAUGUUGUGCCCGACAAGUCUUCUUGGAAUGUACCGGAUUACAUCAGGGAGGUGA